GGCGCGGGCUGCAGAGGAGCGAGCUCCGCGAUGGGCAGCGGCGGCGUGAUCCACUGUAGGUGUGCUAAGUGUUUCUGUUAUCCUGCCAAACGAAGGAUAAAAAGGAGACCCCGAAACCUAACCAUCCUGAGUCUCCCAGAAGAUGUACUCUUUCACAUCCUGAAAUGGCUUUCUGUUGGAGACAUCCUUGCUGUCCGAGCUGUACACUCUCACCUGAAGUACCUGGUGGACAACCAUGCCAGCGUGUGGGCAUGUGCCAACUUCCAAGAGCUGUGGCCUUCUCCACGGAACCUGAAGCUCUUUGAAAGGGCUGCAGAAAAGGGGAAUUUUGAAGCUGCUGUGAAGCUGGGAAUAGCCUACCUCUACAACGAGGGCUUGUCUGUAUCAGAUGAAGCCCGAGCCGAAGUCAACGGGCUGAAGGCCUCUCGUUUCUUCAGCCUGGCCGAGCGGUUGAAUGCGGGCGCUGAGCCCUUCAUCUGGCUCUUCAUCCGGCCACCGUGGUCAGUGUCGGGAAGCUGCUGCAAAGCCGUAGUCCACGAGAGUCUCCGGGCAGAGUGCCAAAUGCAGAGAACUCACAAAGCAUCCAUAUUGCACUGCUUGGGAAGAGUACUAAAUCUUUUUGAGGAUGAAGAGAAAAGGAAGCAAGCCCGGGCCUUUUUUGAAGAGUCUGCUCAUCAGGGAUGCUUGGCCAGCUCGUACCUCCUUUGGGAAAGUGACAGAAGGAUGGAUAUGUCAGAUCCUGGACGAUGCCUCCACAGCUUCCGGAAACUCAGGGACUAUGCUGCCAAAGGCUGCUGGGAAGCCCAGCUGGCUUUGGCCAAAGCCUUUGCAAAUGGAAAUCAACUUGGAGCUGAAGGGAAAGUCUGCAGUGAGGUGGUCUGCCAGCUAUUCCAGGCCUCUCAGGCCAACAGCAAGCAGCAGGUCUUCUCUGUGCAGAAGGGACUCAAUGACACAAUGAGAUACAUUCUGAUCGACUGGCUGGUAGAAGUCGCCACAAUGAAGGACUUCACAAGCCUGUGCCUUCACCUGACGGUGGAGUGUGUGGACCGGUACCUGCGUAGGAGGCCGGUGCCCCGGUACAAGCUGCAGCUUUUGGGCAUCGCCUGCAUGGUCAUCUGUACUCGGUUCAUCAGUAAAGAAAUCCUGACUAUCAGGGAGGCCGUGUGGCUUACGGACAACACGUACAAGUAUGAGGACCUGGUGCGGAUGAUGGGAGAGAUUGUCUCGGCCCUGGAAGGGAAGAUUCGGAUCCCCACCGUGGUCGAUUAUAAAGAGGUCCUGUUGACACUGGUCCCUGUGGCGCCCAGAACCCAGCACCUGUGCAGCUUCCUCUGUGAGCUCUCCCUGCUGCACACCGGCCUGUCCAUCUACGCCCCGGCCCAUCUGGCCUCCGCAGCCUUGCUCCUGGCCAGACUGAUGCAUGGGCAGACUCAGCCCUGGAGCACUCAGCUGUGGGACCUCACGGGGUUCUCCUAUGAAGACCUCAUCCCCUGCAUCUUGAACCUUCAUAAAAAGUGCUUCCAGGAUGACGCCCCCAAAGACUACAGGCAAGUCUCUCUUACCGCUGUGAAGCAGCGAUUUGAGGACAAGCGCUAUGAGGAAAUCAGCCAGGAGGAGGUGCUGAGCUAUGCCCAGCUGUGCACUGCCCUUGGAGUGAAGCAGGAGGUCCCAGAACCCCCAUCUUUGCCCAGUGCAAGGGAAAUCCACGCCUUCCUCAGCUCCCCGUCUGAGAGGAGAAGCAAGCGGAAACGGGAGAACAGCCUCCAGGAGGACAGAGGAAGCUUUGUCACCACGCCCACUGCAGAGCUGUCCAGCCAGGAGGAGACCCUGCUGGGCAGCCUCCUGGACUGGAGCCUGGACUGCUGCUCUGGCUACGAAGGCGACCAGGAGAGUGAGGGCGAGAAGGAGGGGGAUGUGACGGCUCCCAGUGGCAUCUUCGAUGUCACCGUGGUCUACCUGAACCCGGAGCAGCACUGCUGCCAGGAAUCGAGUGAUGAGGAGGCCUGCCCAGAGGAGAAGGGCCACCAGACGCCUCCAGCCCCAGCUCCCAAGCCCCUGCUCUGCAGCAAGAGGGAGCCUAGCAAGGACGUCACGACCUCGGGGUACUCCUCUGUCAGCAGCGCAAGCCCCACAAACUCCCUGGAUGGCAGCUUGGGGGCCCCUCUUCGAUCUACCUCACUGCUGUCCCUGGGCAGCAACUCAAACACACAGCCUUGCCACCAUCAAGCCAAGAAGUCAUGUUUACAGUGUCGUCCUCUGAACCCCGCAGACAGCAGUGUUCCCCAGCGGCAGGUGAAGCGCCAAAACCUGUCUGGGCACAGUGACGAGGACACGAACUCAGGCUUCUUGAAGCUGUGAAAGCGAAUUGUGUGUUUCCCACAGUGAAUGUUUACUGAGGAAGGGCUGCUGUCUGCUGAGGAAAGGUGGUAUACUGAAGAUGGGCACUAUAGACCCAAAGCGGGCUCCAGGUUUCUUUGUCCAGGGAGUUCUAUCUGAGCUGUCAGACCAUCAAACUGAAAAGCUGCGCUCCAUGCUGGACACCCCAGCCUUGAGCAGUUAGGCCGCGCCUUGUGAAAACCUUCUUUGGACCCUCUUACCUUCUGCUGUGUCUGGAAGCUUGAGCCUGUGUGACCUGGACUUUUCAGCCUCGGGCUAGGAACCAACAGCUGCCACACUCAGAAUGCAAGUGGCCCAGGAAGCCAGUAGGGAGCUCUCACCUCUGAACAUACCACUGUCUCCUCCCUCCCCUCGACAUGGGGAGCCUGUUGUGUCCUGUCCCUGCCCAUCAGUGUUGACAGUCAGGUGUGGAUACCUGGAAGCUGGUACCACAGGCUCACACCCUCUGGCACUUCCAGCUUAUUUUAAAAAUCUGUUCUCAAGAGUGGUUUGUCUCUGUCCCAUGGUGUCCUUGUAAACAUUUCUCUCCACUGAAUUUCUGGUUCAUUCUUUUCCCAUCUUUAUUUUUAGGAUUCUUCUUGCAAGAUGAAAAUACAAGAAACAUUUAAAAUAGAAGUUAAUAAACAAAACAACAGAUUUCCAACAUUGUUUAGCCUCAACUGGAAAAUAAAAAAGAAUCUAGCUGCAUGGUGGCUCACGCCUUGAGUUGCAGCACCCAGGUAGCUAAGACAGGAUGAAUGGGAGUUCUAGGCCAGCCUCAACUGGGCAGUAGGACCCCAUCUCUGAGAAAAAACAAAAGUCUGGUACCAGCCCAUUGGUGCUAUCCUUGCAUUCUUCAUGCAUAAAGGGCUUUCCCAGAGAGGAUAACAUUUGUCAUUCUGAAGUGACCAAGAGUCAAAAGGGCAGCGAGGUCAGACUCUGCCCCUAUCUCAUCAUAACUGGACUCCAUAGCUAAAAAGCUGGCUGGCUGCUCUCGAACUGGUCAUAGAGACUGCUUCCCAAUUUGCAAGCAGCGGGGCUGAGCGCAUAGCUCAGUGAUAGAGCCCCUGCCUGGUGUGCAGGGGACCCUGGGUUUGUGAGGCAGCUGUCCUCACCACGCCAAGGAGUCCACCCAAGACUGGCAAGAACUGCUGAGCCCUUUGGCAUAUUUGUGUUUCCUCUUGGACAUAAGGAAAGCCAGGGAGUAUAUCUAAGUGCUCUUGAACCAGAAGUGCAGGGAUGGAGGGAUGUUAACUUGGUGGUCACCUUUUUAUGUGUUGAUGUCCCUUUGGCAGCUGUCCUUUUUGCUACUACUGUUAAAUAAACUCUGACCACUCUGGCUUGAAGCAUG